AGCAGCCAGGAUGGAGGGAAAGGAAACCCCCCUCUGCUCCAUGCCUCCUCUCCACCUUUUCUUAACCCUUUCUGCUCCUCCUCUGCUCAGUUUUGCAGUCUCCCAGGACCUUUUCUCACACAUUUUCCUGCCUGAUGGUCCUUUGCAUUUCCUAGCCCCAGCUGGAUUGGGCUGGUUGGCCCAUGCUGUCGUGGAUCCCUCUUGGUGCUCCCUUUCAAAGGUCUCAGCAUCCCCAUGCUACCUCCUGCCGGCACUUCCACCUGGGUCCCCAGCCUCAGCUCUCGGCCGACUUCGCCCUGCGCGGGCCCAAGAGCGCAUGUCUGUCCAGCCUCACCGCCUACACCCCAGCUUCGACUUCAGCCACCAACUGCAGACUCCACAACCCAUGGGCCCCCAGCCCAGGUAUCUGGCAGAGGGCACGGACUGGGACCUCAGCGUGGACGCGGGGCUGACUCACGCCCAGUUCCAGGUCCGGCCGGUGCCCCAGCCCUAUCAGCAUUACCUGGCCACUCCUCGGGUGCACCACUUCCCCAGAAGCACAUCCUCAACCCAGGUGGUUGUUCAUGAAAUCAGAAAUUACCCUUACCCUCAGCUUCAGCUGCUUGCUCUUCAGGGACUGAACCCAAGCAGGCACACAUCCGCUGUGCGGGAGAGCUAUGAAGAGCUGCUGCAGCUGGAGGACAGGCUGGGCAGCGUGAGCCGGGGCGCCGUCCAGAACACCAUCGAGAGAUUCACCUUCCCCCACAAGUACAAGAAGGCUAGGAAGCUGCGGGCCAAAUUUUCAAAAGGGUCUCAACCUUCUCCCACCCAGCGGGUGCAAUUUCCCCCCUGUCUGCACCUGAGAAGACCGCAGGAAGGCAAAGCUGAGCAAGACGAUGGCGAGGAGUCAGAUACCGACGAGAAAUGCACAAUCUGUCUGUCCAUGCUUGAAGAUGGAGAGGACGUCAGGCGGUUGCCCUGCAUGCAUCUCUUUCACCAAGUGUGCGUGGACCAGUGGCUGGCCACCAGCAAGAAGUGCCCGAUCUGCAGGGUGGACAUUGAAACACAGCUCGGCUCGGACAGCUGAAAAGACUGGCUGGACACACCAUUUUCCUUACCAGGUCGUAUGGCCAUACACCCUUGCAGCGAAAUUUUUUGCCUUCUGAGCCAUUUGAUUGAGAGGGGAAGUCUGCAGGCACGGUAGUGAGGAGAAGGAGGAAGUGAUACAAUAUCUAGCAGUAGGAGAUGUUGCACAUAUACGCAGGAUACAGGCCCAGUGAAAGGGAGCUGGCAUUCCCGGAGCUCAGAGACCCUGUGCUGCAGAAGAUUUUAGUGUUGAAUAUGAAGGAACUAGUUGUGGUUAGUCCGGCCUGUCAAUCCUGCUUUUUAUGGGGAUUGUAUAUAUACCUCUCAAAUAUGUAGAAACAUGUUAGGGGUCCUUUAGCUAUUUCUAUGGAUGGCAGCUGGAGCAUGUUAGCUUAAGAAAUGUUGUGUUUGAUGCCCUACUCAUCUUGUGGUGGACAUGUUGCUGUUACCUAAUUUGCACCAAAUAUUUUUUCAUAGAUUCCUUAUUUUGGUGCCUGAUUAAUACAUUGCAGAAGGGGAAAUAAAGAGGUCAAAUAUCCCCAUCCUUGGGGUGGGGGAAAGGGGAGGAAAAGCAAAAUCCUGUUUACAGUCAGAAGGGUUUGUGCUCUUUGCCUCAGCCGCGUGUGCUUCUUUCCCUUGCAUUUACAGUGUGUUGCAAAUUUAGAGAAGCUUAAUAAAAAUAAAAAUUGGGGAUAAAAUGAACGAAGCAGUAGGGAAAGGCUUCGUUCCUGCUUGUCUGCUGGUGCUGGACACUUUCUGUAGCAGCACAGUAUUUGAGUAGAUGCUGUUUCUUUGCUUUCUGUAUUUAACAAAGUAGCUUGUCAUAUCAAAAUCCAAGGAAGUUCUGUCUACAUGAUUGCAAUUGUCCGUGAUGCUUUCUUCUGUGAGCUGUGUGGCGUGUUGGCUUCGCCGGCACUUCUCCAAAGUGAUGGUUACGGGAGACGGCGCCUUCCGCUGCUCUUUGGGGCGUGACAAAGGCGCCGAGAGGCGCAAAACGUUGACUCUCCUCCCAUUGCCAAAGCAUCUCUUGAUAAGGGGGCAGAAGAGAACUCGAUGCUCACAAGACACUGCUGAGACCAUGAACUCUUGGUCGUGGGAGGGGAAGGCAGGGUGGAGAUGGGGCUGCCACUUUUGGGAGCCGUGACCUGUCCCAAAGCGCGCGCCCCUGCGCCCUCGCGGGCUGCUGU